UGACCUUAUAGGACGGGGUUGUUCUGCAAGCGAUGCCGCCGCCCGUCAUAAAAGUUUUACGUAGUUCAGCGGGCGAGGGCUGGCGCCUGGUGGAGGGAAGGGGCCUAGCCAGGGCGGCCGGCUGGCUGGUCUGCCAAAAACGCCGCCUGAGUUUGCAGGAAGGGGCCGCGUCGGCGUCGGCUCCGUGCCCAGCAUGGGGGUGACGGUGGAGGCCCAGAGAGUUUAUAAAUAUCCCUUCGAGCAAGUGGUGGCCAGCUAUCUCCGCAAGUAUCCCAGUCCCAUGGAGAAAAAUGUUAUUGCUGUAAAAACAGUAGAAGAGAAAACAGACUUGUCUACAGGAGUCAUAUAUCGGAGAAGGAUUGCAACAUGCCAAAAUGUAAUUCCACACAUUUUAAGAAAGAUUAGUAUCCUGAAAGUAUCAGAAGUCUACUUAGAAGAGGAGUCGUGGCUUAAUAUGCAAGAUAGAAUUAUGUCUAUGAAGACUCACUGUCUUACGUGGACAGAGUAUGCCACCCUAAAUGAAGAAUCGGUCUUCAGAGAAAGCUCUGAAAAUCGAAAUUGGACAGAAUUUGUUCAGAAAGGAAAUAUAACAGUAAAAGGGACUGGCUUGCUGAAUUGCUUACUGGAAAUUUUUGCACAAUCCUUUUUAAAUCAAGGAGUCAGAAGGAGUAUUUCAAUCAUGGAGAGGCUUCUGCAAGACCAGUUUGGAGGGCCUGUUUUAUAAUGAAAAAUCUUUCCCCCUGCAAGUUCAGGAUCCACUUUUUUCAGAUCAGCUGGGUGUUGUUCCAUUGGUUGUGACAUAAAUUGACCGACCAGACUGACAUCAUGGGCUGAGAAAGAGAUUGGCACCCAGAUGGCUUUGAUGCAUAAGGCGGGAUUAAAACUCACAGUCUGCUGGGUUCUAGCCUGGCGCUUAACCACUACACCAAACUGAUUCUCCAACAAUUGUAUUGCAUCCUAGAAAAAAUCAUUGUACAACUCAGUAAGACACUUUGGACCAGCUUAUGUGACAUAUGUUAAACUUCAAGGGAAGAAUAUUAGAAUUGUUUUUAGUGACCAUUUUGUACUUUGUAAUUUGAAAGGGUCCUUUGCCCCGCCCCCAUCUUUCACAUUUUUACUGUACCAAAUUCUUUUGACAGCAAGCCUCAUUGUGACAUCCAAUUUCUGGGAUUAUUAUUUGUUUGUAAAAUCUACUCCUGUUUACCAUCUAAAAUCAGAUCCCCAGAUUAGUAAAGAGGAAUUUUGUGAUACUUAUUGUGAACAUCGCUAAAUGUCUAUGGAGAUUCUCAGUCAUCCAGAUCAUGGUUGUCCCAAAGGUGCUUUUUGAAGAGGCAACUGGACUUUCUGGUUUUUCUUUGAAGACGUAUCACUUCUUAUUCAAGAAGAAGUAAAUUCACUUCUUGAACAUAUCAGGUUUUUUUCUUUUAAAAAAAUAUCUUUAACUGAACUCAUCUGUGUUCUACUAAAGAGAAUAAACAUUUCUUGUCUGGGCAAUAGUCACCAUUUUCACAGUUGAAAACAACACAUUUAUUUUCUAUUCUGGCAUUAUUUAGAACAAUUGACAGUACAAAUCAUAUUUAGCAACAAUCUAAUUUAAAGCUACAUUUCUGAACUAUUAUACCUUUAAAAUCUUCCCCAAUUGAGUUACUAACCUUUUGCAUUAAAAGUAUUCAAUAAAUCUUCCUCUUUAAAAAUACACUUGAUUUCUGACACUUUUCUGAUGUAUCUAUCUCUCUUUCUCCAUUUAAUAUUUCAUGGGAGAAAAACAUUGAUAUUAUUUUUCAAAAUGUGGCUUUCCAAAUUCAGCUGCAUGUACAGUAAUGUAUUUCUCUCUCAAUUACUGCUUGCUAAAUUCAGUUUUGGUUGAUGUGGAAUGGGCUCAGCUAAUGGAUUUUGGACACCUGAAUCUGCUCCCACAUUCAACCAUGAUAAUUCUUGGAAUGUGCCUCUGAAUUCUUCUCUGCUCUUUUCCCAAACAGCAAUGAUCAUAAGACACUUUUCCAUAGAGGCAUCUACAGUAAUGGCCACUUGUUUCAAAAUGGCAGGCACAACUAGGGAAUUUGUGCCUCUUUCCACUUUUUAAAAUUUGUCCCUUGCACCUCAUGCAUAUAAAAGAAACAGUUUCUCUGUGUGAAAGUCAAGCUUAGAAACUGGUAAUGAAUCAGGAGAGAAGAGAAGAAUCUUCUCUUCAAAAUCAGAGACACUCUCUGAUCUGAUUGGAAAAUUCAUCUAUGGCUCUUAAUACCCUUUUCCAAAGACCAGACACUGCAGCCCGAGUUAACUUCAUUACUUUUUGAAAACACCUGCCAUUGUUUCUUUUUUGAGCUUAGCGUCUGAAAUGACAUUGUUUUCUAAAUUGUCAGAACAGAUGGUGAAAAAAUAUUAGGAAAAUUAGCCAAAUCCAUUAAUACCAUACAGAUGUCUUUGUUCUAUUAUGAUGUAUUUUUGUAAAAACUAGAAGACAUUGAACAAAAGGUGUUGGGUUUUUUUUAUGUUUCCCUUUAAAGCUGAAAAACACUUUAAAUACUUUAUGAGACUUCUCAAACUUGGCAUGGUUUUACAUGUCAGGAAUCUUUGAUUUGGACACUUAUAGGCCGUACUCAAUGGAUACACAAAAGACUUUUUCCUAUAAGAAUGGCCUUCUAUUGUAGCAUAUUUUAUUAUAGUGGCAUAAUAUGAGCUAGUGCCUUUCAUUUAUUAUUAUUAUUUUAUUUAUUAAGGCAACAGAGUAAGAACCAUUAUCUCAAAUUUGUUUCUUCUGAAUCGGACACAUCCAACUCAGCUAUGGAUUCCAGCAGUGACCUGUCCAAUGUUUAUAAAUCAGUGUCUAUAUCUUUACUGUUCAAUCCUUACAAAAUGAUUGUUAGAACCUGUCUCCUCUUUUUUCAUUCCUUACUGCCCACUUGAGUUUAUCUUGUCCAACUUAGCAGCAUUCCUGCAAAUUUGCAUUUCAGACAUUAGUCUCUUCAUAUAACUGGCCUCACAGGCAAUCAAUUGAUAUUCAGAAGACUACUUGUGUUAUUAUUCUUAGCAAUUAAUGGUCCAAAUGAAGGAAAACCUCAUUCUACCAGUAAAGAUGGAAGAUUGCAUUUCAGGACAAAAAAAAAGGAUGUGGAUAUUGUAUCUAUGUAUGGAUACUGGAUAGAGGAGCAUUUUUUUGCAUCAUCAUGAAAGAUAAGCUAUUUCCAAAAUAUGUCCUUAAAUACACACUUAAGAGAUAAUAAAAUGAUGUUCAUAGUCUUCUGUCUGUCUCUGUAUACAGUGAAAGAUUUGCAACACAGUAUAUAUCCACAGCAUCCUGAUCUAUCUUAUUUAUCCCAUCUCUAUUUUUGUAGUUGUUUUUGAGGAUGGCCGACCGUAACUUUAAAAUACACCAAAAGAAAUGAGGUUUAUCAUUGUUAAUACAAGACAGGUUCAUUUUCAACUCAAUGGUAUCAUAUAGAAUGGGUUUUUCAUCCAGGUAAGUAUAUUAAGGAUUACAGCCAGAUAUAUCAUAGAAGACUUUAUGCCAAUCUCACAAAACCAACUAAAAUUGAUUUUGAAGAAUAGAGAUGGUUAAUAUAGCCAUGGUUUGAUUAAAAGAUCAAAGCAACUGGAUCUUGGGAAAGCUUUCAUUAUCCUUUAAAACAGUUUUUUUUAUUUCUUAGGUUAUUUCUUGCUUCUUUUCAAAUCCUGUUAGGAAUUAUAUUCUUAGGUGUGUGUAUGUGUGUGGGUCGAUUAAGAGUUUUAGAACACUGCUGUGUGGAAACAAUUCUAAUAAUAGCUAACCUGAUAAGUGAACAAAAUACAUAAAGAGAACAUUUUUAUUGAUCAACUUUUGUUCCACAGUGUGUGCGAGACUUUUUAUAGUUCCCAGUUUGGUUUCUGCAGAACUGGAAAGCUGGCCUGGGGAAAAGAUGGUUCAAAACAACCAAGCAUGAGGAGGUCAGUCUAAGACAGAUGGUGCUCACCCCCGCAUACUCAGUUGAGUACAAAAAGUUAAUGCCUUUUCUUUGGAGCAAAUUUGGCAAACACCAACAUGGAUGUGGCUGGUUUGGAACAGUCAUUAUGGGUCUUCUCACAAACAUCGUUAUAAGCAAUGCUGGGUCCUUCAAAAAUCUGACAUAUCUGCAUAGUGUUAUUAUUUUCAGAACCAAUGUAGGAUAAUAGUUGAAGUCUUGACCUAGUUUAUUUUAUUUAUUUAUUUCAUGUAUUUAUAUGCCGCCCUUCUCCAGAAGGACUCAGGGCGGCGAACACAAGUUAAAAACAUGUACAACAAAAUCCCAUUUUAAACCAAAUUAACUAAUAAAUAAUAAAACCCAGAA